CAUAGUAUAAGUAUCAACCUCUGUUCUCAAUUCUUGCAGUGGGAGUGGAGUUUUUUCCCAAAUCCAAACCAAAGCAAACCAGUCCCAUGGAUAAAACGACGAGGAAGCUGAUAGACGGCGUUUUGAAGAACACCAACAACCCUAAACUGGCAUGGCAUCUUGUCAAACGCGUCAUCUCUUCCCCUUCCUCUUCAUCUUCCUCUUCCACUCAACACCUAGUCACCAUCACAACCCGCAUCCUCGCCACCGCCAAAAUGCACAACGAACUCCACCACCUCCACAAUCUCCUCCUAUCCUCUCACAACUACCACAUUGCACACCCUUCCCUCAUUUCCAUGGUCCGAGUCCUCGCCCAAUUGGGCCACGUCGACGACGCCAUUACACACUUCAAGUCCCUCAGAGCCCAAUUCCCAUCUCUUUCUCCUUCUCUUCCCCUCUACAACCUCCUCCUCCGCUCCACCCUCCGGCACCACCGUCCCGGUUUCGUCUCGUGGCUAUACUCCGACAUGCUCGCCGCACGUGUCGCCCCUCAGACCUACACCUUCAACCUCCUCAUCCAUUCUCUCUGCGAGUCGCGCGCUUUCGAUCAUGCACUCCAACUGUUCGAAAAAAUGCCCCAAAAAGGAUGCUGCCCCAAUGAGUUCACUCUCGGGAUCCUCGUUCGCGGCUUGUGCCGCGCUGGCCUCGUUAAACAAGCCUUGGAGCUCGUUAACAAUAACAAUUCGUGUCGUAUUGCUAACAGGGUUGUGUACAACACUCUUGUUUCCAGGUUUUGUAGAGAGGAGAUGAAUAAUGAGGCUGAGAGACUUGUUGAGAGGAUGAACGAGCUGGGUGUGUUGCCUGAUGUUGUUACGUUUAAUUCGAGGAUUUCGGCGCUGUGUAGAGCUGGGAAGGUUAUGGAAGCGUCUAGGAUUUUUAGAGAUAUGCAGAUGGAUGCAGAAUUGGGACUUCCUAGGCCCAAUGUUGUAACUUUUAAUUUGAUGCUUAAGGGGUUCUGCAAGCAUGGGAUGAUGGGGGAUGCAAGGGGUUUGGUUGAGACCAUGAAGAAAGUUGGGAAUUUUGACUCUUUGGAAUGUUAUAAUAUAUGGCUGAUGGGUUUGCUUAGGAAUGGAGAGUUGUUGGAGGCUCGGUUGGUUCUUGAUGAAAUGGUGGCGAAAGGCAUUGAGCCGAAUGCUUACACGUAUAACAUUAUGAUGGAUGGGCUGUGCAGGAACCAUAUGUUGUCAGAUGCAAGAGGAUUGAUGGAUCUGAUGAUGAGGAAUGGGGUUUACCCGGAUACAGUUGCUUAUAGUACUCUCCUGCAUGGAUACUGCAGCAGAGGGAAGGUUUUUGAAGCUAAAAGUGUUCUUCAUGAAAUGAUAAGGAAUGGUUGUCAGCCUAAUACUUACACCUGCAACACAUUGCUGCAUAGCUUGUGGAAAGAGGGGAGGACCCUAGAGGCAGAGGAAAUGUUGCAAAAGAUGAAUGAAAAAUGCUAUCAGCCGGAUACUGUGACCUGCAAUAUUGUGGUCAAUGGUCUCUGUAGAAAUGGAGAAUUGGACAAAGCAAGUGAAAUUGUAAGUGAGAUGUGGACUAAUGGACCAACUUCCCUUGAUAAAGGAAACUCAUUUGCCAGUCUAAUUAAUUCAAUCCACAAUGUAUCAAACUGCUUGCCUGAUGGAAUCACAUACACAACUUUAAUUAAUGGACUUUGCAAGGUUGGGAGACUAGAAGAAGCCAAGAAAAAGUUUAUCGAGAUGUUGGCAAAAAACUUGCGCCCUGAUUCUGUGACCUAUGAUACGUUCAUAUGGAGUUUUUGUAAACAAGGGAAGAUAUCAUCAGCCUUCCGCGUCUUGAAGGAUAUGGAGAGAAAUGGUUGUAGUAAGACUCUUCAAACUUAUAAUGCAUUGAUCCUGGGUUUAGGAAGUAAUAACCAAAUAUUUGAAAUAUAUGGAUUGAAGGAUGAGAUGAAAGAAAAAGGGAUAAGUCCAGAUAUUUGCACUUAUAACAAUAUUAUCACUUGCCUCUGUGAAGGAGGAAAGGCAAAGGAUGCCAUUUCUCUUUUACAUGAAAUGUUGGAUAAAGGUAUAUCUCCCAAUGUAUCCUCCUUCAAAAUAUUGAUUAAAGCUUUCAGCAAGUCUAGUGAUUUUAAAGUAGCUUGUGAACUAUUUGAGGUUGCUUUGAAUAUAUGUGGCCGCAAAGAAGCGUUGUACAGUUUGAUGUUCAAUGAAUUACUUGCUGGGGGACAACUCUCUGAAGCGAAGGAGCUAUUUGAAGUUUCAUUAGAUAGAUAUCUUACAUUGAAGAAUUUCAUGUAUAAAGAUUUGAUUGCAAGACUUUGCCAGGAUGAAAGGUUGGCAGAUGCUAAUAGCCUUCUUUAUAAAUUGAUUGAUAAGGGAUAUGGCUUCGAUCAUGCAUCAUUCAUGCCAGUGAUUGAUGGCUUAAGUAAAAGAGGAAACAAGCGGCAAGCAGAUGAACUAGCAAAAAGAAUGAUGGAAUUGGAAUUGGAAGACAGACCUGUUGAUAGGACUUAUUCAAACAGAAAGAGAGUCAUUCCUGGAAAACUACUUAAAGAUGGAGGAAGUGACUGGCAGGACAUAAUUAACAGGGAUGCUGGCAGUGGAAUUGCACUGAAAACUCUUAAGCGUGUGCAGAAAGGCUGGGGCCAAGGAAGUAUAUCUAGUUUACAGCCUCAGCAGAAUGAUUUUCUUGAUUACUAUGAUGGUAGUGGUUAAUUGUUUGUUUCGUUUUUUCUGGAUAUGUUUACCAUUUUUAUGUUUCAACCUCAAAGGUGGGGAGAGGAGGGAGUAGCAGAUCAGAGAAUGUAAAGGUUUGGGGUUGGAGAUAUUGAAGACCUCUUUGUAAGUAAAGCAGGUUUCAUUCCUUUCAAUGCCAAGGAUAAGCAGCACGAAAAUUAAUUCCAAAACCCUGUUUGAGUUAUGUAAACUCCCCCCGCGCCCCGUUUGAUAAUUGUUGGUCUGAAAGGUCUGUUUAUCAUCUAACUGAUUGUGUAUGUACCUCAACUUGUAAUUAAUGAUAUUCUGUCAAAGUGUAAUUAACGAUCAUCUGUCAAUUGUAGGUAAUGAUAUUCUGAAACAGAUCGUGUGAUGUACUUCAACUUGUGUAUAUGAACACCACAAUGGCUAUCUAGUAUUUAUUCCACCUAAAGUGGAAGUGGAUUAUUGGGUUAUAUUGUGAUUUAUCAAAUA